GGGCCUGGCCGCGGGGAGCCGAGGAGGGAGGUGGGGAUUCUGGGAGCCGAGCUCAUUUCCUCCUCCCGGCCGCCCCUGGCCCGCACCCCAUCUCCACGUGCGGCGCCUCCGGAGCGCGGCCGAGCCACGGAGGAUGCUGGGCAUGUACGUACCAGACAGGUUCGCCCUGAAGUCGUCCCGGGUCCAGGACGGGAUGGGGCUCUACACGGCCCGCCGCGUGCGCAAGGGUGAAAAAUUUGGACCUUUCGCUGGGGAGAAGCGAAUGCCUGAAGACUUGGAUGAAAAUAUGGACUACAGACUGAUGUGGGAGGUACGUGGGAGCAAGGGAGAAGUUCUGUAUAUUUUGGAUGCUACCAACCCAAGACACUCCAACUGGCUUCGCUUUGUUCACGAGGCACCAUCUCAGGAGCGGAAGAACUUGGCUGCCAUUCAAAUUCAUGAGAUAUUUGAUUGUCAAGAAUGUAUGAAAAAGUUUAUUUCUGCUAAUCAGCUGAAGCGUCACAUGAUUACCCAUUCAGAAAAGCGGCCUUAUAACUGUGAGAUCUGUAACAAGUCCUUCAAGAGGCUUGAUCAAGUGGGUGCCCACAAAGUAAUCCACAGCGAGGACAAACCUUACCAGUGCAAGCUCUGUGGCAAGGGGUUUGCUCACAGAAACGUUUACAAGAACCACAAGAAGACUCACUCCGAGGAGAGACCUUUCCAGUGUGAUGAAUGUAAAGCCUUGUUCCGCACUCCGUUUUCUCUGCAAAGACACCUGUUAAUCCACAACAGUGAGAGGACUUUCAAGUGUCACCACUGUGACGCCACAUUUAAAAGGAAGGAUACGUUAAACGUUCACGUCCAGGUGGUCCAUGAAAGACACAAGAAGUACCGAUGUGAGCUGUGCAAUAAGGCCUUUGUCACACCUUCAGUGCUUAGGAGUCAUAAGAAGACACACACAGGAGAAAAGGAGAAAGUCUGCCCAUAUUGUGGCCAGAAAUUUGCCAGCAGUGGGACCCUGAGAGUUCACAUCCGGAGCCACACAGGUGAGCGUCCCUAUCAAUGCCCGUACUGUGAAAAAGGAUUCAGUAAAAAUGAUGGACUGAAGAUGCACAUUCGUACUCACACCAGGGAGAAGCCCUACCAGUGCUCAGAGUGCAGCAAGGCCUUCAGCCAGAAGCGGGGCCUGGAUGAACACAAGAGGACACACACAGGAGAAAAGCCUUUUCAGUGUGACGUAUGUGACUUGGCUUUUAGCCUGAAGAAAAUGCUUAUUCGACACAAGAUGACACAUAAUCCUAACCGUCCGAUGGCAGAGUGCCAUUUCUGCCAUAAGAAGUUUACAAGAAAUGACUACCUCAAAGUGCACAUGGACAACAUCCAUGGUGUAGCUGACAGCUAAGAGGAGCCGCAAGGAACCACACCAUGUGAAAGAGCUUCUAAUAUGAAUCCCAGAUUCUUCUCACCUGAUUGGCUUAACAGAAAUAACCACAAAGAAUUCAUUGAUCUGACAGUGUUUAUGUGCCUAUCUUUGUAAUCUAUAGAUGCAAAAAAAAAUCCUUUUACCAAAAAUAAAUUCAAAUAGAAAACAAUAAUACUUUGUAGAUUACAGAUUUAAUCUGGCUGAUUAAAAAUUAAAUUCAGAGUACGGCUCUUGACUUUCUUUUAUGAAGUUUAUUAACAUGUACCCAUUAGACCUUUAUGUUGUUAUUUAUGUGUGUGAAUAUAGCAUCUAGUUCUUACUAAUUCAGGUAGAAAUCAAGACACCCAAGUACUUCUUUACAGAUUCUACUAGUAAGACCAUGUGUUUUUAAAGUCUCAAGCAUGAAAAUAUUUGAUAAACAGACAAGGAUUUCAUUGUAUUUAACAAUUACCUUAAAAUAAAGAGAUAUUUGAGAACUAAAGUUUCUAUUAAAAUAUUGCUCACUUUAUAAAUUUCUGAGAACACACUAUUUUUAUGUAUCAUUCUGAUGCUUGUAUUCAUGCUGUAGAAAUGCUUUAUAUAGUAGAAACAAAUAUAACAGCUAUAUUUUGUUUUUAUCAGACUGAUCUUUGUGAGUUUUAAUGUCCAUUCUGAGAAAUUAGCAGUAGUAAACAUUCCCUGCUAGAAACAGAAAGUCAUUUCCCGCCAUCACAUCAGUUAUAUGGAGAGAGCCCCCGCAUGCAGGAGUUGUCCAUACAGGUACAACAGUUCUCAGAGCCUGUCUGACUGAUGUGAUUCUCAUCACACUUUUGAAUUAUCCUCAGUCAUCUCAUGC